UUAAUAAAUCUCUAAGCCGAGGAGGAAACUCUGGCUGGGGUAGUGCGCUCAGCUCCAGCGGGGUGUUGCGUGGAACAGCGGCGCCCGAGCUGGUGGCGGCAGGAGCAGCCCAGCUAGCAAAACACACUAGAAGCAGCAAACCGAGGGGAGCCCUCUCUCGUAAACACACUCCCCUCUUCGGUCACUUUCCCCCCCGGAGGGCCGCGCGCCUGCCUGCUUCUGAAGUCCGAGAAGGCUCGGCUCGGACUGCUAUGUAACGUCGAGGCUGCGGGAGGAGGAAGGGUUGUGGGGAGAACAAGAGGCUGGGGCCAAGUUUGCGGCCACUUCGACAGGCGUCCUCUUAGCCCUCGCCUGCGCCUUCCUGUAGUUGGCCUGGGUGCCCUUGUCUUCUCCAGCUCCCCAGCUGCUGCGGUUCCCGGCGAAAUGGUGAAGAUGGAGGAACUGCGGGAGAUGGACUGCAGCGUGCUCAAAAGGCUGAUGAACCGAGAUGAGAACGGUGGCGGCGCGGGCGGCAGCAGCAGCCACGGAGCCCUGGGGCUGCUGAGCAGCGGCAAGUGCCUGCUGCUGGACUGCAGACCGUUUCUGGCUCACAGCGCGGGCUACAUCCGAGGUUCGGUUAACGUGCGCUGCAACACCAUCGUGAGGCGGAGGGCCAAGGGUUCUGUGAGCUUGGAGCAGAUUCUGCCCGCCGAGGAAGAAGUGCGCGCCCGCCUGCGCUCCGGCCUCUACUCAGCGGUCAUCGUCUACGACGAGCGCAGCCCGCGCGCCGAGAGCCUUCGCGAGGACAGCACCGUGUCGCUGGUCGUGCAGGCGCUGCGCCGUAACGCCGAGCGCACAGAUAUCUGUCUGCUUAAAGGUGGCUAUGAGAGGUUUUCUUCUGAGUACCCAGAAUUCUGCUCUAAAACCAAGACCCUGGCAGCCAUCCCACCACCUGUGCCCCCCAGUGCCACCGAGUCCUUGGACCUGGGCUGCAGCUCCUGUGGGACCCCACUGCACGACCAGGGGGGCCCUGUGGAGAUCCUUCCUUUCCUCUACCUCGGCAGUGCCUACCAUGCUGCUCGCAGAGACAUGCUUGACGCCCUGGGGAUCACGGCUCUGCUCAAUGUCUCCUCGGACUGCCCCAACCACUUCGAAGGACACUACCAGUACAAGUGUAUCCCGGUGGAAGACAACCACAAGGCGGACAUCAGCUCCUGGUUCAUGGAAGCCAUCGAGUAUAUUGAUGCCGUGAAGGACUGCCGAGGGCGAGUGCUGGUUCACUGCCAGGCAGGCAUCUCCAGAUCAGCCACCAUCUGUUUGGCCUACCUGAUGAUGAAGAAGCGCGUGCGGCUGGAGGAGGCUUUCGAGUUCGUCAAGCAGCGCCGAAGCAUCAUCUCGCCCAACUUCAGCUUCAUGGGGCAGCUGCUGCAGUUCGAGUCUCAGGUGCUCACCACGACCUGUGCUGCCGAGGCUGCCAGCCCCUCGGGUCCCCUGCGGGAGAGAGGCAAGGCCACUCCCACCCCCACCUCGCAGUUCGUCUUCAGCUUCCCUGUGUCUGUGGGUGUGCACUCGGCCCCCAGUAGCCUGCCGUACUUACACAGCCCCAUCACCACAUCCCCCAGCUGUUAGGGCUUGUCUCUGAAUGCCAAGGCCAGGGGUGGCCCCCAGCCAGGGUUGUGCAAGCAAGUAGGGACUAACCAGUGGGGGCCAGGUGAUCACGAUCUGUCCCCAUCCAUUUCUCCCUGGCUAACCACAGGGCCAGCUAGAAUGGCAAUAACGACUUUGAAUACAUCUUAAACGCAAACAAAACACUCCAACCAAGAGCAAUAAUGGCUGCGUGUGGGGCCAGGGAAGACUGACCGGUGUAUGCGUUGGUUUUACUUUGCAGGUAGAAAUUUACCUCAUUUUUUUUUUUUUUCCUUAAAGUGGUAAGGCUUGAAGUGAAACCUACAAAUGAGCUCCUGGCAAACGUGCUCAGCCAAAUUUUAUUAAGAGGGGAGAGAAAGAGGAGGAAGCAGGUUUGCCGGAAGUGCCUGGCUGUGUGCUUGUUCUUCUAUUGUAUUCAUAGGAAUUUUGUUCUAGGUAACUUUUAGGCCGCAGUAUUCACUUGUAAUUAGUCGCCAACUGAAUCAUUCUCCUUAGUGAAUAUUUGAGGAUGUGUAAGCAGGAGUCUGCUGAUGUGGAUUGGGAAUGUAUUUCUGUUGGCGGUCACACAGGAGAGCACGGAAACACAUAGGUGUGCUAGCAGCGAGGCAGUGAGUGGUGUCUGGGUUUCUGCCACUCAGCAUGGUCGCCCCCCUGUGAUGCCAACCUAGAAGUGGGCAGGGCCAUAGUGCAGAGGAAAGGUCUGUGGUUGUCACUUUAACAGCUGGUUCCUGAGCACAGUGAUCCCAGCCACACAAGCCUUUCUUUCUCCAGUGACCCGCUUGGUGAUGGCUAGAGCGUUUUCUUACAACUCGCCUUGGAUAUAUUGUCUGUGAUAAAUGCCAUAUUUUAAGAGGUGCUCUGGGAAAACUGGGUGCAGUUCAGAUUUCCGUACAGUGAAUCUUUUGGCAAGGCCCCCAUCAAAGCCAGAUCACUAAAGAUGAACUAAAAAUGAAGCAUUUUGUAAGUCAAAAUGUACCCCCCUUCGGAUAAAUUGGCGUUGUCACUUUUGGGAAUUUACUUGAAGUAUGCCAAGAAAUUGUUAUUAAAUCCCUCCUUGACAAGUGAAUACUUCCAAAAGCCCUCUUUUGAAUAAAAAGAUGUGUCUGCCAUGACUUGGGGCUCCUUAAAGUAUGGAGGAGUGGGAGAACAGAGGGGGCUGGCUGCCGGCUCUUGUGAAGUGGGGACUUGGCCCUUUGGGGUUCUGAGUGGGCUAAGGUUUGUAAGGCUGUAAGGAGCCUUUCCAAACAAGACUUUUCUACGGGGAAGGCUUGGGGUGGGGGAGGGGAGAUGUUCCAUCUGUAGUACUGGGGAACACUUUUUUGGAGUGCCCAGUUAGAGAUACUGCAGGCUUGUCAGGAAUGGGAGCACGUCCCUGUUUGUCAUUGGGACCCCUCUUCCCCCGCUUUUUGAGUCUGGAUCUCUGUGAACAUUCUCGAUCACACAUAAAUAACUUCAAGCCUCAGUGUCACGAUCAUGGUGGAAUGCUCUUUUCUCAUCCGCCAUCCCAGAUAGCCCGGGUUCCUUCCAUUUCCCUCCGUGAACUGUGAACCUGUGUUGGCAUGACUUGUAUUGGUGGCCUGGGUCAAACUCUGCCUUUGGGUGAGUCUGGAGUCCUCACUUGGUGUUUUUAGAAGAAGGAAGGGCUACCCUGCCUCCCUGCCUCUGCUGCUUGGCUGAAGGCACGAAGGAGUUGAGCCUCUAGGACGGCGGACCCAAGUUGUAUGGGCCUCCAUUUUCCCCUGCUUCCUUGGCCGCUGAAGAAUUAGAUUAGGUAGAGUUUUGUAGCUAGGCAAGCCCUGGGCUCCGAGAACGGAAGGGCUUCUGGAGGGCGCAUAGGCAGCCUUUAGACUACGUUCAGUUUUUAUACGAGUGUGUUUGCCAAAUGUGUCCUAGUUCCCAGACUGGAUCCCAACCACACAGGCAGAGGGAGCUCCAGAUGUCCCUCCCCAGCUUCCCAGUUCAGGCCUUCUUUGACAAUGUCAAGGGGCUAUUUAUAAAGGCAUUUUCUUUGUACUUGGUAACAGCAUGAGACCCAAAACUCUUAGAAAAUAGGACAUUGGUUUGAUUGAAAAAAAAGGGGGGGAGACCUUAAAAAACUGUUGUUCUCUCUCCAGAAGCCUCUUUGAUGGCCUGGAAUAGCUCUAAUGAAGACCGUGUCCCAGGGACAUUCCAAAUGGUUAGUUUCAAAAGACAGCAUCCUGUCCAAGAACUGAUUUCUGGUGAUGGGACAAAAGCUAUUAAAUAUUUGUCAGAGAAUGAGGAACACUCCCAAUUCUCCCCAAGAAUCUUGUCUCAUCUGUGGGAGUUUGUGGGGGAGUCUGAAGGAUAGGUGAGCAGGUGGCUCUCAGCUCCAUUCCCCCUUGUGACCUGUGCUUGGUUUUCCAUAAGGCUGAGGAAGCCAUGAGAAGUGACUCAGUCCUUGGGAAGGUGGCAAGAAGGUAGGGGGAGGUUGGAGGUUAAUCCCAAGGGGAAGGGACUGGGCCGUGAACAUGAAGCCCGUGGGAAUGAUACAAUAGUUGAUAGUGGUUGUCCAUCACCGUUGCCUGGGCAAUUGUUAACCCCUCAUCCAUGUGACCCUUGCCCAGCUAAGCCAGGACUUGUGUGGAUGGGACCUCGAUACCGAUAUGUUAGUGUUCCUAGGUGCUUUCCGUGUGCCUAGUUUCAGCCAGGUUUUGGAGACUACACUGCUUCUGGGUGGUGGAAUUCCCACGGAGGUGAAACAGGAGCUACGGCAACUUUGGUACCAGGUCAGUGUGGUCCACUGUCCACAGCCAGCUGAGGGAUGAGGUGGUUUCUUUGCGGGAGCCCCUGUGUGGGAACCAAUUUGUGGAGCACUGUGAGUGGGCUCAAUGUAGUGUCUGGGUGUUGAUGUAUUUCCUUCAACUUUGUCUCCAUAAAGAAAGAUGGAGAAAGUAUGUGUUGUUUUGAAGCCCUCCUUCCAGGGCCCUGCCCUUCCUCCCUGCUCAUGACUCAUCCACUUAGACUUCAGAAAGAUAACAAUGCAAUACUUGGAUCUUGUGUAAAUAGCCCCAUCUUUCUGAGUGGCGUCAUUUCUACAUUUGAUAUGCCUGUAUUUCUGUAGGAUGUACAUAGUUUAGGGGAUUUUUGUUUUCUAGAAGAGUCAAACAUGUCUGUUUUUAUUUAUUGCUUGAAAACGAUCAUUUAUUUGAAAAUAAAUACAUUUUCAACCGUU